AAGGAAAUGUUUGAAUCAUCAUAAUGAGUAAUUCAGAAUUAUGUCAUAAAACCCCGGAAUACAUGUUCCUUGCUAAAAUUUGGUUUAAGAUGACUCUAAAGGAACAUCGAAAUGAAGAAGAUUUAAAAACCAAAUUUCUGGACAUGGUAACGCAAGGAAAUAUGACGAAAUAUUACGAGAACGCGUGCAAAGAAUUUGAUUGGAAAAUUGAUGAUGAAUUGCUCGACACGAUGAAGAAAGCAAAUGAGGUGACUUGGCAAGAACUGCGGUUACCCGAUAGUUCAGGUGUUGAGGAUUCUGAAAAACAAAGUUGGAGGAAAGAGUUAGAGUUUUUCUGUCAAAUCGGUGAUCUUGAACGUGCUGCGGACACUGCUAAUCAAAUUCUGAAAGACGAAAGUAAUUCGUUCAGUGCCAGAGUCGAAGCUGCGUUUGGUUUGUUCAGAAUAGCGUACAUAAAGAACGACGUUGGUCAGAUGGGAAAAAUGAUCGCGCAACUAACACAUUUCAUGGAAGGAUCCUAUACGUGUGGCAGCGACUGGUGUAGUCGUAACAAACUAAAAGUGUACGAAGCUGUCUACUGUCUCGCAACACGGAACUUUUCACGGACUGCGUCGCUCUUGCUGGACUGCAUUCCCACCUUUGAAUCCUAUGAAUUAUUACCAUUCAAAGAUGUCGUUGAAUACACUAUUUUAUCCGGAAUUAUUUCUUUCUCGCGAUCAGAUUUCGAAUCUCAUUUCAAUAACAAUGGACUCUUGCAACAGGCGUUACUUACGGAAUCUCCUAGAUACAGAGAAUUUUUUUAUUUCCUGUAUGAUUGUCAUUACGGGGAAUUCUUUCGAAGUCUUGCCUGGAUAGAGUCUGAACUUAGAGCCAAUCCUUUAUUUCAUCCCCACUGUCGUUAUUUCAUGAGAGAGAUGCGUUUGAGGGCAUACUCUCAGUUGCUGCAAGCAUAUCGGACUAUUAACUUGAGCACAAUAGCGGCAGAAUUUGGUGUGACGGAGGAAUACGUAGAACAAGAAAUAGCAGGUUUCAUUGUUAGCGUAAAGGACAAGCACCUAAUGCUUCGUGCGAUCGAGGACUGAUGUAUCAAAACAUAAUAAAAAGAGGCGACACGAUAUUUAACCGAUUGAAAAAACUUGGUCAAGUUAUCAACUUCUAACAAGAAA